AGCAGAUCUUGCACAAGGCACUCCGUGUCUGCCCUUGGCUGGGGAUGGGUGGCAUGGAUCCUCUCCGGCUGCUUGCCCUGCUCUCUGUCACAGCGCUGUCGGGAGCCCACAACACCACCGUGCUGCGGGGCAUGGAGGGCCAGUCCCUGCGGGUCUCCUGCCCGUACGACGCGAUGAAGCACUGGGGGCGACGGAAAGCCUGGUGUCGCUUGCGAGGUGAGGGGGGGCCGUGCCAGCGCGUGGUCAGCACGCACAGCCUCUGGGUGCUGGCCUUCCUGAGGCAGCAGAACGGCAGCACGGCCAUCGUGGACGAUGCCCUGGCCGGGCGCCUCACCGUGACCCUGCGGAAUCUACAAGCCCACGACGCAGGCCUGUAUCAGUGCCAGAGCCUCCGGGGCCAGGAGGCUGACACGCUGUGGGAGGUGCUGGUGGAGGUGCUGGCAGACCCCCUGGAGCCCCAGAGUGCUGGAGACUUCUGGGUCCCUGAGGGAUCAGAGAGCUUCGGAGGGGUCCAAGUAGAGCACAGCAUCUCCAGGAGCCAGCUAGGAGAGACCCCCUUCGUGCCCAUGUCCAUCCUCCUCCUUCUCGCCUGCAUCUUGUUCUGCAAACUUCUAGCAGCCAGUGCCCUGUUCGCCAUGGCCCGGCGUGGACAGAAGCGGGAGACACCUGUGGCCAUUGGGCUGGACUGUGGUCAGGAGCCUGGGCACUCAGCGUCUGCCUGACAGGACCAAGGAGCACAUGAGAGAAUCGGAGCUUGGAUGAGAGGAGAAGCUGGGUGAGUCCAUCCAGGGGCCACCCAAUCUGCACGCUCACCAGCUGCCAAGACUCCGAGUCAUGCUUUGGCUGCCUGCAGCCUGCCUACCCUGGGCCUGGAAGAUGGGACAUCUAUUGGGGGGAGAGGGAGAGGGUAGCAUGGGGAGUGGGUAGAGG